AUGCUACCCAAAUGGGUACUAAUCUAUACCCCCCAGGCCCCCAGCGAUGGCGGAAAAGGGGUCCCAUCAAGCCAGCCAGAGAGUCGGAAACACGCGACGGCGGGAGAGAGGGCGCACCCAUGCGCCUUUGGCGGCCGUUGGGGCAAAGUGUGGACGGGCUCAACCUACCACAGAACGCAGGAUUUUUCUUAUUUUGCCAGAUAUCCAGGACCGCCCGCGCCUCGCCUGUUGCGCCCGGUGAGCCCGCCACCCACCCUCGCCACGCGGCAGGACCCACAGAGCCAGCCCUCCAUCGGGCAGGAGGAGCCCACAAGCAACCCAGGAUGCCGCCCAUUCCUCAGCGCCCAUGGGCCCAGUCCUCACCAGCUGGCCCCGCUCUCGGCCCGCACCCCGCCGCAGUCUGGCGUUCCACGCACCUCACACGCCAGACCCUCCGACGACGUUGGACACCAAGACGCGCGGAUGCGCGUCUGCCGGCGGGCACCCGGGCGCCGGGCGCCGACGCGGAUCGCCGGGCCCCAGCCCCGCUCCAAAAACAAGAUGUAUAUGUAUGUGUGUGUGCACUUUUUAUUGGCCCUGAGGAGGGAGGAGGCGUGCGAGUCGGAUGCAGAAGGGGCAUAUGUAUAUACGAGAGCGUACCAGAGUACCAGAGUGUGA